AUGCGUUUUGUCAUUACUUUUGGUUACAGUAUUUUGAAUCUUCAUGAAGUUCUUCAGGAAUACUGCUUACUUCAGGACACUAAAAGGCCUAAUUCUGGUACCAUUCAGGUUUCAACUGCUAAUUGUACCUCAGGAGGGGAAGCUGCUUUGCCUGGAAGAAGGCUGAAAAACCUCAACGUCAAUCUAUUCUUAGUGCUGUCCUUACUGAAGGAGAUCCCCAGGCAUCUGCCUCAUCUAGCAUCAGGGAGACUCCAGAGAAGGCCCCACGUGGCAACCCUGAGCCAUGCAUACAGCACUAAGGAGGAGAGCUCUGCAAGACCGAUUGGCCGCUACCCAGUACCCAAUAAGAAGGAUAUGCCGUAUGACAUUGUGGAGCUCAUGGAGGAAGUAGAAAUGAAGACUGGAUUUUUGCCUAAUGUGUUCAAAGCCAUGUCUCAUCGACCUGCUGAAUUCAGAGCUUUCUUCGCUUAUUACAAUGCCAUUAUGAACAAAGACACAGGGCGUCUCAGCAAGGCAGACAAAGAGCUCAUAAUUGUGGCCACAAGUGUUGUGAAUAGAUGUACCUACUGCGUGGUUGCACAUGGAGCACUUCAUCGGAUAUAUUCCAAGCAGCCAGCACUGGCUGACCAGGUCACUGUGAAUUGGAAACUGGCUGACCUGAGUGAUCGGGAACUGGCAAUGCUGGAGUUUGCCCUUGCAGUCUGUAAAGCUGAAAACAUCACUGAAGAGCAUUUCCAGAAGCUGGAGGCACAUGGUUUUGACCGUGAAGAUGCCUGGGACAUAGGCAUGAUUUCUGCUUUUUUUGCUAUGUCUAAUCGCAUAGCUCAUUAUAUUGACCUGCGCCCAAACAAGGAAUUCUACACUAUGGGCAGGGUACCCCAGAAAAAGAAGGAGGAAGAGAAGGCUGAGAGUGCCUAACCUUGUGCUCUGGUGGCUACAGAUCUGCAAGAGAUGAUCGAGAUCUCGUUUCUUAAACUCAUGCGGCUAAUUUGCGACUAUGUUAAGAGUUUAGAAAGUUAAUUCCAGAUUGUAACCAUGAGGAAUGAGUCUCACUUUUUUUCAGUGUGCCAAGUCUAGAGAGGUUUUUCAACCACAUGGUGAUUCCAGUGCUUUCUGUGUUUGUAAAGCAGCUGCAAGAUUGUAACUUUGAUCUCAACAGUCUUUAAAUGAAUAACAAACUCCCAGGGCAACAAUGUGGGUUAUAAAUGAGCUGUUUCAAAUCUGUUUUGUAAUCUCUGUAAUUUUAAAGUCAAUAUACUUUAUUGCUGCCUGUGUA